AUGGCACUUACUGAUGAGAACCGUUAUGAUAACAAAGGCCCCAAGAUUCUGGCUGUGCUAUGGACUUUGACUGGGCUGACGGCCCUCAUCGUCUCGGCGAGGAUCUAUAUCCGGAUGAUACUGUUGCGAAACUUUGGAAUUGAUGACUAUUUGAUUGUGAUAUCCAUGAUACUCGGCCUUGCAUAUUGCGGUAUCACAACAGCCGGUGUUAUGGUGGGUUAUGGACAACAUGCCAAAUAUCUGAGCGAAGAAAAUCUAGAGACGGCCAUUCUUCUCAAUUGCAUCAGCUUUUUGUUUGGCAUCCUCUCCUUUACUAUCCCCAAGGUGGCUGUGACAGCCAUGUUGAACCGGAUCCUGAAUCCUGGGCGAGUGCAGAAGACUAUACUGUGGGUUUUGGUCGGAAGUGCGGCCACCGUCUCGGUCAUUUGCAUUCUUAUCCUGUUCACUAUGUGUGAUCCGCCUCGGGCUUUGUGGCAAGUGUCACUUGUAGCUAAGGGUGAGGCGACCUGCAAGAGUUCAUGGAUUCUCAUCAACUAUGCUAUCUUCACGGGAGCACUUUCUGCAUUCGUGGACCUAUACCUGGCUAUCUACCCUACAACUAUUUUGUUGAAACUCCAAAUGUCGCUGCGAAAGAGACUCGCGCUCUGUGCUGCUCUGGGACUUGGUGCCAUAGCUUCUGCAAUGGCAAUCAUCAAAUGUACUCAGCUUCAUGGACUUGCCGACAAAUCCGACUACACCUAUGGAACUGCCGACCUUGUUAUGUGGACCAAUAUCGAAGCCAACGUCGUCGUCAUAGCAUCCUGCAUCCCUACCCUCCAACCCCUCCUCGAAAUAAUGCUCGGAAAACGAGUGUUCGGCUCCUACAGCCAAGGAAAAGGCGGUCACUAUAAAGGAAGCGAUAGUUUCCCUCCCUCCUCUUAUAACCGUAACAAACAUUCAAAUGCAAUGGGAAAGGAUGAGCUGGGGUUCACCAAUCUUGGCACUGUGACAGGUAAAGAUAGCCAAGAAAGUAUACUUCCUACGAACGGGCCUGGGAAACGGGAUACUUACUCAAUGGGACAUAUUCGUCGGACAGACGAUGUGGUUGUGGAAUAUGAAUCGUCUUCACAGCAGCCAGCCAAGACUAAAAGCUCCUGGUAG